AGUGAAAGAAGGUGUUUUAAAACACGAAUCCCAAUUUUGCAGCCACAAGGGAAAUAAAUGAUAGUCACGAAAAUCUGUACGAGAAACAAGGAAUAACGAUGUUGUUACUAGCGUUCCGUAGCUUUUUCUUUAUCGCUGUCAUUCUAGGUUACAGUACUGGGCUUUGGCGCUUGAUCAACGACUAUUUCCGACGCGAAUUUCAAUCGUACUUGGAAGAGCAGGCUCAAACAAACAAAUACCUGUUGGAAGACCCGACAUAUCGAAAAUCGAACGAGCCGCAAGGAACAAUCCCGACAAAUUUCGCCACUUUAAAAAAAGUAAUACUAUUUGGUGAUAGCGGUGAAGUGGAUACAAUUAAAAGCAAUGAUAAGGGACAUUUUCGCAAUGGAAGAUCACUGGUGACAAGCAGUUUGUCAGUGCCCAUCAACAACGUAGAAAUGUUAAUGCACUCCAAAGAUAUUACGAAUGAAAAAAUAAACAGUGAAAGCAGUGAGACGAAAUUUGUAUCAGAAGAAAUUUUGAUGCACUCCAAAGAUAUUACGAAUGAAAAAAUAAAUAGUGCAAGCAUUGUGAUGAAAAUUGUAUCAGAAGAAAUCGAAAAUCACCUGCAAGGUAUGGCGGCAAUAGUCACUGUCGUUGCACCAGAAAAUGUUAUAGAUAUUAAGUCACUCAUGGACGAAACGAUGAACGAGUAUAACAGAAAAAUGAUAAAGGAGACGAUGGAAAAGAAAACACAAGAACAUAAUAUGCAAAAAAAUGAAAAAAAAGAACAGAAAGAUGAAUCACGGGAGCAGAUCGAGGAUACAUGGAUUUCGUACUGGAGUAAUCGCGAUCGGCCCCACGGCAACGGUAAAUCAUAUAGUGAGUCUAAUGAUUUUAGCUGUGUAAGUCUUGAUUUGCAAAAUAAUGAUCAAAAGAGCUCUCCAGUGGAUUUAGUCAUUGAGGAUGAAGAGGGACCCAUGCAGGGAGAUAGAGCGGAAAUGUUGUUGAGAUGCGGUUCCGAAAAUCAUCUUUGAAUAAACCAUUAAAUGAUCGAAAGCGGUCUUCGAAUAUAGAAGUGUAUAUAGCAUUAAGGCAAACAUUAACAGAAAGAGUUUGAAGACGCGAGUGAACGAAUAUGUUGUUAGCCAUGUGUGUAUAUCGACCCACUCAUCUAUGUGACUAACCCCUAAUUAAAAUUUCUUAACUUUCAACACAACUAACAUAAACCUAUAAGUAGCAUUCAGCGAUCAUAUAAAAUCAGAAGAAAUAAAAAAAAAGAAAAUAGGUUCUGAACAAAUCAUGUUUGCUACUGAAUGAAAGGCAUUCAUGUAUCAGCUCAGUUUUUUAACAUUCAGUGCAGUUUUACAAUCCUGAAAAUCUUUCCAGCAUACAAUGCGUUGGGAACAGUUUAAAAUUAUUACAAUAGCAUACAGCUUGAUAGGAGUAAGCAAAGAGAAAAAAGGAAAUGAAGAGUAAUGAUAAAAUGCAGCUUCUUUUUCUUCUUCCAUACACUUUGAACAUCUGGAACAAUGCUGUUCAAUAGCGCUAAUUAAAUAAAAUCUCGCUAUGAUUAAUCUUAUAGGCCAUGAGUAAAUAGAAGCAAGACUGCGAGAAGAGUAAAGUGAAUAUCGCACAUAGCAAAUGUGGCCCGCUAACAUCACUACAACCUGGAAAACUCCACAAAAAAAAAAGAAAAUAAACCGUUGGAUUUAAUUUCACGCCGUGAUUGCCUGCGAGCGAUUUGAUGCCACUCUUCCUUUUGGCUAUAAAGAACGGAGAAUACAACUAUGAACGAACCAACUAAAAAGUACUCCUAAGCAAUUGAUACAAUAUAUAACUGUUAGCUGAUUGUUGGAAAAUUAGUCGCAUGACGUUGAUCAAUUGAUUUCAUGAAACCAAAUUAACACGAAGAACUAAAUGAUGAGAGAAAUAUUUUUUUCUUUAUAAUUAAUAUGAAAAAAAAACAAACAA